AUGGCUAGAUACAAGCGUAACAAUGCUCUUAUGUGCCUUAUUUUCCGGUCAAGUUUGGAUGAGAUGGGCCUGAAAUGGUUCGAGAGACUAUCGGAGGAAAGUAAUGAAAGGUGGCAGCAAUUGGUGGAAGCGUUCGUAACCCGAUUCAAAACCAAAACCAAAACGCCGAAGGAAGUCGACCACCUUCUGAGCGUCAAGAUUGAACCGGGCGACUCCCUCAAAGCAUACAACGCCAAGUAUUGGGAAAUCUUCAACAAAAUCCUUGAUUGCCCAACCAACCUGGCAAUCACCCAAUACAAGCGCAGUCUUCCAGUCGGACAUAGACUGAGGGACUCACUCGCCAUGAACCAACUGACGACCAUGGAACUACUAAUACAACGCAUCAAUGAGUACAUCCGAGUAGAGGAUGAUGCUACCGCGGCCACCGCAAAGGCAAAUCCGAUGGCAACGGACAAAAGGGUGGUCGGAAAGGUUCACGCGGUCGGACAAAAGGCAAACCGUCCGAGCAACCGCAAAAUAGAAUCAAACCGAGGUCGUUGCAACCGGGGUAAGGGUCAUCGUAGUGACCAAGCUGACUAUUCCCGUGAUGCCGCAAAAGAUGCGAAGAGAAAGUUGAACUCCCGAACAAGCAUCACCACGGUUUUUAAAAUCUCAAUCUACCGUAUCGUCAGCGAAAUUUGUAACGAGCUGUACGUCCGGUUUCCAGCUAAGUUCGGCGAUGCAUAG